AUGAACCGUGAGUUGACAGACCCCCCUUCCGAGUCAUUUUGUAAUUACUGUCGAGACUUUGAUCUUCCUUCCCACUUGGCCCGACAACUCGCCUCGGUGCUACGGUGAUACAAGACGGUCGCCGAUGGCGGCCCCAUGAUUUCUGUCUUAUCGCCUUAUCAGUAAACUUUUUGGUAGGCCAGUUUGACUCACAAAGUGGGAAUUUCCUUGGGUCUGGGGGAACAGGCCGGGUUGGCUUAACUCCUCGCCCCAGCCCGCGUCUUUCCCUUCGUCACCGACUCCCACUUCUACCAAAGCUCAAUUUGUUCAACUUAACUCCUUCCAAGUCGUCUCAACCUCGGAGCAGAUCUCAAGGCACCCCCACGGUCACUUGCAUGGCCGUCUGAAGAAAUGGCUGGGCUUUGACCCUUCCCCCCUCUUAAAGACACUGCCUCCCUGACCGGGUACUCGAUUCUGACCUACCUACUCCAACGCCCACAGCCGGGUUUUGGGCUUUCUCACCGCCGAAAACGUUAGGAGUUGAUUGAGUAUUGGCCAAUUCUUCGUCGUAUCGUCGGCCACGGCCUACUUACACCAGCUUCGGUGUAUACUGCCAUCAUAGGACGGUUGCUCGUUUUGGCAUGCCCUGCCUUUCAGGCGACCACGGAUAAGAUGCGGGCUCCGGUCUUGAAGCAAGCGAGCAACCUGGUUGCGAGGGCACCUUUCGCUAUUGACUCAUGUAGUCCGCCUAAUUGCAGACUUUAUCACCGCCCGCGGUUAGGCACUCACCAAGAGGAGGCAUUGCAAAAUGCACUGUCUGCAGUUCGCCACUCUUCGAGCUCCAAAGCGAGAGAGAGAAAGCGGGCGGAAGACAGGGACUUCAUCGUAUCUGUUCUAGAGGCAUCGGCUACCCGUCGUGAUGCCAAGGGAUACCUUCAAAAAUAUGCUCCUCAGUCGGGCGACGGCGCAUCCAAGAAGCGCAAAGCAGAUGAGCUGCCAGGAGCACCCGACCAGUCUUAUUCGCCCAUCCGAGUUGUCAAUCAGGCACCGAAGUUCAUUCAGGGUAGCGACAGCAAGGUCGAAACCACUCUUCCCCUUGAUGAGCCCAUCAAUUUGGCUAUUGUCAAAAUACGUCUUCCGCAAGACAUUGACGACGACAUGCUGAGUGCCAUCGCCAAGACCCUGACCCAGCUCAGAAAGCUCGGUCUCGUGAGUCUCAUUGUCCUGGAUGGAGGGCCAGCCUCGAACCGGAAACUGCUCCGUGAGCAAUCUUGGCGGGCUCAACAAGCCGUUGAGACCUUUGGUGAACCGGGGUGCAUUCUUCUUGACCAGUGUGUCGCCGAUGCCGAAUCACAUACACCUCAAACCCAGGGUUUUAUGCCCUCCGGUGUUUAUGUCCAGCACCCGCAUCUCUUGCUACGAGCCCUGCAAGACAACGCUAUUGUAAUCGUGCCGCCUGUCACCAUGGCCCACGACUUGAAGAGCAUUGAUGUGGUUGAUGCCGACGAAACCAUCGUUGCGCUUACCAAGUACUUCUGCGGGCUACAGUUCAACGCCUCCAAUCAACCGAUUGGCUCUCUAGGCUCCAGUCUCAGUCCGGGCGUCAAGGUCGCUUCGGUUGAGAAGGUCAUCAUCCUGGAUCCAGCCGGCGGCACACCCCUCUCUGACGUACACGAUGACUCUUGUCAUCGGUACAUCAACCUCGAGCAGGAAUUCGAAGGCAUCAUGUAUGGACUCACACAUCCUUCGGGGUCAGAAGCGCGGCGAGGCAAAGUUCCUGAAGACAUACGGCAGGUUCAUGCCCGCAACCUUGACUUGUCAAGAAAGGUGCUUGCAAUGUUACCCUCGACGUCUUCCGCCAUCAUCAGCACCCCUUCUGCUGCUGCAAAUAAACCCAUUCAGGAGUUCACCAGGGUCACGACUCGUAACAGGCAGAACCCCCUGAUCCACAACCUACUGACGGACAAGCCUGUCUUCUCGUCAUCACUACCCCUCGAGCGAGUCCGGUCAGGGAAGAAAGGCGAUGCAGUAUCCGGCGAGACACAUGUGGCAACUUUGCUCAAGCGCGGCAUGCCUCUCACAGUGUACCCUGACCCUACAGUCAGUGCCUGGCUGCCGCCUAGCCCCGGAGGCCCACGCCUGAGGCUUACAGACACCUGCAUAGACCUGCCACGGCUAGUCCAUCUUAUCAAUGAUUCUUUCAACCGUGAGUUGGACGUUCAGCAUUAUUUGGAGCGUGUCAACGAGAAGUUGGCUGGCGUCAUCAUUGCUGGGGAGUACGAAGGCGGAGCUAUUCUGACGUGGGAGAGGCCGUUUGGAUUGGACGAGGCCACGGCUUACAAGACAGGACGCCUCGUUCCGUAUCUGGACAAGUUUGCGGUGCUCAAAAGUCGCCAGGGCAGCGGCGGUGUCGCUGAUGUGGUUUUCAACGCUAUGGUAAGAGGCUGCUUCCCGGAGGGCGUUUGUUGGCGGAGUCGCCAAGACAACCCUGUCAACAAAUGGUAUUUCGAGAGAUCACUGGGAACAUGGAAGCUGAAGGACACCAACUGGACCAUGUUUUGGACAACUCCCCAUCUGCCACUGAGCGAUCCGAAGUUGCUGGAUUAUGAGGACGUUUGCCGCGAGAUUGAGCCAUCUUGGGCAGAUUCGAAGCCGCCAGAUUGAGACGGUGACUAGACAGAAACUCCAGGGCUCUCUUGUUUGAGCACUUUCCACGACGAUAUGACCGGGAAAGAAAUCAUUAACUCACGGUUUACAAAGCAAGAUCUCAAACUCUAUUGAAAAGUGUGGACAUUGACAGGACGAAACAUUUCCACCUGACUCGACGUAGGUAGGGAACGGGUUUCUGCUCGAAGAGUGCCGGAAGCCCCAUUGUCUUCCAUGGACGGGUAUCGCAACCCCACAAUCGAUCCGCUGGAGGUGGUCAAGUUCUUCUGGUCAGUGCAUACACGCACAAUUUCGGGCCGCACAAAUGACGGGGAGGGUUGGGGGGUAUCUAUGUAUAUGACUAGGAAGGCAGGUAGGUACCUAGCCUGUUGG